AUGUUUGAUGAGAUAAGCUGUUCAGUGAACUGGCGGUCGGACUACAGCUGCUCUUACCUGAUCUUCUCGGUGCUGCUCAUCUCAUCGCCGGCCAACCUAUUGACCCAAAUGUGGACACUUAUGCUCAUCUAUAAGACGGUUAAGCGGCGCUACUUUACGCGCGCCGACCGCCGAAAGUCCAAAGAGUCGCCCCAAAUAUCCGUAUCGUUGACCUCAUCGUUGGCCUCGUCGUCGAUCGCGGCGUUAAGCCGAUCGUUCGUGUUGAACGAGUCCUACGAAGUGCUGACCGUAAUGUUAGUGUCGGUCACCUACACGUUGACCAGUUUGCCCAAGAAUCUGGUGGACGCCGCCCAGGCGUGUACGGCGUCCGACCCGCUGGUCGACCCGCGACUCGUCUUCUGGACGUCUGUCGGCCGCGAAUUUGGCGCCACUUUUCUCAUUCCUCUCGUUCUCCUACUCUUUCAUCAACGACUUCGCUCUUCCGUGCGAUCGCUGGUCCGCUGCUCUCUCACCCGUUUGGGUCUUCACCGAUGGUUAGGCGACGGCGGCGGCGGUGGUCACCAUCAGGAGACCAUUUACCUCUCCACCCGACCCUCCACUUCGAUCGCCACCACUUCCAACACAGCCGUCACUGUUAUAUAA